GUGUUCAGGAGUGGGUGGGACAGAGAGGUGUAAACAGCAACUGUGCUCUUCGUCUUACAUCCUGACUUGUGAGUUUGAUGGGAAUUAGUAGUCCAUCAGGUAGUAGCACAGAUGGACAACGAUGACGCGGUAGCGUAUUAAAAAUUCGUAUCACAAAAUGCGAUGCUAUUUCCACGCAUUUUUCCUUUGCGUGGUCUUCACCUUCUGCUCACUGCUAUAUGUGCUCAGUAAAGUAGCCUCUUCCUUGGAGGAGGGAGAGGAAGAGUCGAGUGUAAGAAACCGGAGAGUACCGCACAGGAGCAGCCAUGACGCCGGGCACCUACUCAGGAAAGGCCCGGGACUGUUAGGCCUUCGACAACCUGAAAAUGAGCUUGACAGGUGUAAAUCACUGUCAGUUUCUUACUGGAAUCCAUAUUGGAGACUGCCUGCUGAUGUUUGUGGAGUGAACUGCUUAUUGGAAUCUACUCUUGGAGAAAGGCCAGACUCUGCAGUCAAGGCACAUAGUGAUGAGAGGAGUCACCUGGCUGUGGUGGCCUGUGGCCCCAGGCUAGAGGAGACUCUCACUAUGAUGAAGUCUGCUGUUCUCUUCAGCCAGAAGCCACUGCACUUUUACAUCUUUGCUGAGGACAAUCUACAUGAAGGAUUUAGACAUUCUCUGGAUUCUUGGCCCAGCACAGUACAGACCAAAUUCAAGUUUACACUGUAUUCCAUAACAUUUCCUAAGGAGAAUGCAAAUGAGUGGAAGAAGCUCUUCAAACCUUGUGCUUCUCAGCGGCUCUUCCUGCCAGUAUGUCUAGAGUCAUCUUUCAUAUACAUGACGAUUAUACAUAUACGUGAUGAUUAUAUAUUUGCAACAUGCCCUCAUUAUUUUUUUUUAUUGCUGUCUUUUUUCCAGCUGAUCCUAAAGGAAGUGGAUUCUUUGCUUUAUGUAGACACUGAUAUCCUCUUCCUGAACCCAGUAGAGGACAUGUGGGCUCUGCUUUCACAGUUCAAUUCAAGCCAGUUGGCAGCAAUGGCCCCAGAACAUGAGGAGCCACGCAUUGGCUGGUAUAACCGCUUUGCCCGUCACCCAUAUUAUGGCAAGACAGGCAUCAAUUCAGGUGUCAUGCUUAUGAACAUGACUCGCCUCAGGGAGAAAUUAUUUAAGAAUGACCUGACCACAGUUGCACUACAUUGGGAGCAAAUUCUGAUGCCUCUUCUCCAGAAGUAUAAACUCAACAUCACCUGGGGGGACCAGGAUCUUCUUAACAUCAUAUUUCAUCAUAACCCAGAAAGCCUGUACAUGUUCCCCUGUCAGUGGAACUACCGUCCAGACCACUGCAUGUAUGGCAGCAACUGUCAACAGGCUGAGCAGGAAGGUGUCUUCAUUCUCCAUGGUAACCGGGGAGUGUACCAUAAUGACAAGCAGCCAGCAUUUCGAGCUGUUUACGAAGCCAUCCAAAAGUACCCGUUUGGCGAGAACAUGGAGGCUUUGCUGCUCGAGCCACUCGAAGAGUCGCUGCAGGCCGCCACACACACCUACUGUGGAAGAGCCAGUCAUACUUUUACCAGGAGCUUAAAACAAAGUGUCACGUCUGUUCAACAGGAUGUUACACAAAGACGACAAUCAGGUCACCAUAUUGAAAUCACUCCAUGAAUGAAGGUACACUCCUGUGGAGCAAAUACGUUGGAGGAGAAAUGAACUCGGACUCACAUUGAUCCCUCACCUUAUGAUGUGACACUAAUGUUGUUAGAUGUCUGUUCAUUGAACACAGCCAGGUCACAAAAUCUCUCUCGCCAUGCUGAAGAGUAUCCUGUGAUUCCACUUUGCCCUGCAGAGAUUUAAGACUUCAUAGUUGAUGAAAACGAUCAGCUUUUUAUUUUAUGAGAAAGAACCUACAAUCAUUAGUAUAUUUUAUCUAAGGUCUUAAGGGGGGAAAAAAAUCCUCAGCAGGGUACUUAAUCAUUUAGAGUAUUUUUAAUUGGAGUUGUUUUGAUAGAAUUUGGCAUAAUGGCUUUUUUAAUGCAUUUGUCUAUGCAGAAUAACAGAAGAGUGGUUGUUUUCAGGUACUUGUUAGCGAUACAAGAUGAACAAAACCUGUUCAUUAAGCAUACCUCAAACCCGUAGAGUAGAAUCUGACCAGUAUUUAUUAUUGAUUAACAUCCGUGACUGGAAGCACUUUUGAUGUUUUACGUGUAUUAUGGUACCACACAGAAAUCUCAUGACACCUCCGCAGAUUUUCAACAAAUGUGAACUCAUCUCU